AGAUGGAGGAGGCAGCUAAUGAGGAGAAGGAGAAACACCAUGUGGAGGUGGAGGAGAUGGAGGAGGCAGCUAAUGAGGAGAAGGAGAAACACCAUGUGGAGGUGGAGGAGACAGUUAAUGAUGAGAAGGAGAAACACCAUGUGGAGGUGGAGGAGAUGGAGGAGGCAGUUAAUGAGGAGAAGGAGAAACACCAUGUGGAGGUGGAGGAGGAACUUAAUGAGGAGAAGGAGAAAGAUCAUGUGAAGGUGAAGGAGGAGGAAGUUAAUGAUGAGAAGGAGGUGGACCAUGUGGAGGUGCAAGUGGAGGAAGUUAAUGAUGAGAAGGAGGUGGACCAUGUGGAGGUGCAAGUGGAGGAAGUUAAUGAUGAGGAGGUGGACCAUGUGGAGGUGGACCAUGUGGAGGUGCAGGAGAAGAAGGAGGAGGAGGAGCUGGAGAGUGAGGAGGGUCUGGCCCAGCAGAAAGAGGAUGGGCAGAGAGAAGAAGUGGAUGUGGAGAAAGAGGAGGGAGAACAGGCUGCCAUGGAGAUUGAUGAUGCGGAGGUAGCGGAGGAGAGGAAGGACAAUGGAGGAGUGGAGAUGAUGUCAGCCGUCUCUCAGGUGGCUCUACAUGAGGAGGACCAAACAGAAGACAUGGGCACCAUGGAGGAAAGGAGCUGAAUUGGCUCCAACCGACUCUCAGGAGAUGAAGACGAGGAAGAAAACUAGAAGGGGCAAAAGAGGAAAGGGCAGAAGAGGACAGAAGACAGCUGAGCGCACACCGGCACUGGCCAUGGAGACUGACCGGCUCAGACAGGGGCAUCCUCAGCAUAGCCAUGUCCAGCAGGCACAGGCAGGACAGAGGAGAGCCGUCAGAGGAGGAGGACCUGCGCCCAGGAGGGGACCCUGGACAUAUGAGAGUCCAGAGCGCUGGUACCAGGAACAGGACAGAAGGGGACGGAGAGGAGGCCAGAUGUGGUGGUCAGAGAGAGGAGGAGGAGGAGGGAGAGGAGGAAGAGGCCAGAUGUGGUGGCCAGAGAGAGGAGGAGGAAGA